AGUCCCAGCUUUCGUCCCUAUCAUCCAGCCAGCCACAUCCAGUCGCCUUUUCCCAUUCGCGACCCGCAAGCAGUUGAACUAUAUACAGCAGCGAAUACCGUAGUAGCCGUUCUUGAGUAAACCAAUCAUGGCGGACAGCGCCGCGGAGGGUCUGACUGAGGCGCAGAAGCAGCAAUAUCUUGACCAAGGGUUCCUGGUGGUGGAGGAUUUCGUGUCGGCGGACGACUGCGCACGCAUGAUGCGGCGAAUCGACGAGCUGCUGGAGGGCUUCGACCCCGCCAGCGUCAACAUCUUCAGCACGCGCGACCAGGCCCGUCUGACCAACGACCAUUUUCUGGACAGCGCCAGACGAGUCUCCUUCUUCUUUGAAGAGAAGGCGUUUGAUGCGGACAAGAAGCUGGUGAAGCCGAAGAAGCUCGCAAUCAACAAAGUGGGGCAUGCCCUGCACGACUUGGACAGUGUGUUUGGCCCACUCUCGCGCUCCUCCAAGGUCUCCUCCCUCUGCAAGUCCCUGGGCUUCCACCGGCCGCUGCCUGUCCAGUCCAUGUACAUUUUCAAGCAACCAGGCAUAGGCGGCGAGGUGGUGCCGCACCAGGACAGCUCGUUCCUGUACACGGACCCGCCUUCGUGCGUGGGAGUGUGGGUGGCGGUGCAGGAUGCCACAGUGGAGAAUGGCUGCCUCUACGCACUGCCGGGCUCGCACCGCGACCCCCUGGCCCGCCGGUUUGUGCGGGACGGCAAGGGUGGGGUGGUGUUUGACGCGCCCAGCCCCACAUACGACCUGUCCCAGUUUGUGCCUCUCCCAGUCAAGGCCGGCACCGCCGUCAUUCUCCACGGCCAGCUCGUGCACUUCAGUUACGAGAACAAGUCCCCAGUAUCGCGCCACGCCUACUCAAUGCACAUUGUGGAGUCCGACGGGGCCGCCUAUCCCUCCGACAACUGGCUCCAAGUGGCGCCCAGUGACCCUCCGUUCCAGCCGUUUUACCCUGCUGAAUCUGCCGCUGCAGCUGCACAUUAAGGGUUCUGCUUGGGAAGGUUAUACUAAAUUCUGGUUGUAGCGCAUCAAUGGCAUUCCAAUAGCAUCAGCGGGGCAAAAAAUCGCCAUUGUAGUGUAAAUAAGGGUUUUUAGGGGCGCUUUAGAAUUUAUGUGAGCAGACAAUGGUCGCUGCAUCAGAGCACCUUAUGGAGAAUUGGAGGAGCUUUGUGCGCUAACUUCUAGGAGAAAAACUAUUUCGUUCAGAUAGUCAUUUGUGAAGCGGAAUCUUCUCGGAUAAAUGAAACAAGCAGCUUUUG